GCUGGUUCUUUGGCUCUAGCGAGACACCAUAGUUCCAAGCACUGUAUGUUUUCCUUUUUAAUUAGCUGCUAGCUUGUUAAGUGAUUCCAAGUAGCUUCAUAAUCUUUGACUGGACUUAUUUUUAGCUAGCGAUUAAAGAGUCGUUGGAGGGUAUUCACUCUAUUCCUGCACAUAGAAAGGGUGUAAAUCCACAGACCAGACCAGAGGCUGUCUAGCUAGGUCAGGAUUAGCCGCUCCUCGAGACUGCUGGCUGCUCAGUUCUUGAAAGGGAUCUCUUCUACUACAGACGUUGGGCGGCAUUAGCAAGUUAGCUCGCUAACUAGAAAACGCACUGCACAUAACGUAUAGUUUUUCACAACAUGUCAUAUCGGAGGACAAUUAAAAUAGUGUGUGGGUUCGCUGGCGGAUCAGCGGUGCUGGUUGUUGCGGCUGCUGCAGCUGAAUACCAGGGCUGUUUCGGCCACACGCGAGCCGCUCGGUGGAGCCUGUUCAAUGUUUUGCAAGCUGCACAGCCAGCGGGGAACCGCACUGUUGAAUCUACUGGAAAUGCCUGGGACUUCAACUGGGAUAAGCGGGACCCGUCCGCACUGUUGACAAAUGGGAAGAAGAAGGAGGUCGUCAGUGAAGACCCCAGCUCAGAGCAGGACAAUGGGAAACCCAAAGCCACACGCAACAUCCUCCUCAUCAGACACUCCCAGUACAACUUGAGUGGCAAUGGAGACCAUGAGAGAAUCCUCACCCCUUUAGGUCGGGAGCAGGCUGAGUUUACUGGCCAGCGGUUGGCUGCCCUUGGGUUAAAGUAUGACAUCAUGGUCCACUCCACUAUGGCCAGGGCCACCGAGACUGCCAACAUUAUCAGCAAAUACCUCCCAGGGGUGGAGCUGGUGAGCUGUGAUUUGCUAAGAGAAGGAGCACCCAUUCAACCUGUGCCUCCUGUCACCCACUGGAAGCCUGACGCUGUGCAGUACCACGAGGACGGGGCCCGGAUCGAGGCUGCCUUCCGCCGCUACAUCCACCGCGCUGACCCCAAGCAGGAGGAGGACAGCUACGAGAUCAUCGUCUGUCAUGCCAAUGUCAUCCGCUAUUUUGUGUGCAGGGCCCUGCAGUUUCCUCCAGAAGGCUGGCUGAGGAUUGGGCUGAACAACGGCAGCAUCACCUGGCUCACCGUGCGCCCCAGCGGCAGGGUGGCACUGAGGACACUGGGAGACUCCGGGUUCAUGCCCCCGGACAAACUCACACGGACCUGACCACGUUCCACCUACAGUAUUCACUCGUUCUCUUUCUGAGAGGUUCAGAUGUCUGUCGCAGGGUGAACUGAAUGGCUCUUGAUUUCUGCUUAAGUGUCUUGAAAGUUAUUUUUGGUGUUAAUUUUGUAACUUCAAUGUGCAAUGAGAUAUUCUGUGGUGUUUUGUUGUGAUCAACUCCCCUGCCAUCGUUUGCCAACUAGGGGAAAGUGGGGUUAGUUGAGCCACCUCUUGUUUCUAGGAAACCAUGCACAAAACUAAUAAUGUGACCAAAUAUUUAGGAAGAGGCAAUCAUUUCAUGGAGUCUGGGAAGGAAGAAACCAUAUGGUAAGCAAGUUAGGGCCCAAAAACAGAUUUUCACAAAGUUAAAUGAAUUUGUUAUAAGUUCCAUGAUAAUUUAGCAGGUGCUUAUAUUUGUCCUAUUUCAUACAUUUACAAAUGUAUAUUAAUACAUGUGAUUUGGAAAUGUGUCUUUUUUUUGUACAUUACACCUCCCCCUGAGACACACUCAAAGAGUGGGGUCACAGCCAGGGUCUGCCAUGAUCAACGAGGACCGUGGAGCAAUUAGGGUUAAGUGCCUUGCUCAAGGGAACAUCAAGAUAUUUUUUUUUACGUUGUCGACUCUGGUAUUUGAUUUCAGUCACUGGCCCAACGCUCUAACUGCUAGGCCAUCUGAUGCUUGUAUCUAAACCUAUAUGUAGAUAGUUUUAAGAUUGUUUUGUACAGCAGUUGGGGUCUUUACAAGCUACAAUAUGAGGUCCUAAACUUAGCAUGAAAGUGCAUCCUUGUAACGGUUUGGGCUAAUAUAGUCAAAAUGUUUGCCUUGAGGUAACUUGAGCCAAUACCACCAUGACAAAUUAUGAUUGCAUUUUGUUCGUUUUAUACAUAAUAUGCAUAGUAUUUUUGCAAUGUGUCAUGCAUAUGAACUCAAGAUAGUGAAUUUGCAUUGAUAAGGAGCAGACAUUAUCAUGCCUGUGUAUUGAAUUGUAAAACAAGAAGGGAUCAAGCCACCCCUUGAGGUUCUUAACAGAGCAGUCAAGGAAGUGAGAGAAGGAGCAGCAGCAAGGAAUGAAAACAUACACUGAAGAGGUACAGUAACAAACAUGUACCUGUGUGAAAGCGAGUCUGUGGCAGAGUAGCAGAGGAACACAAGGUCUCAUCUGAUGACUUGGAGUCUGAGCUGUAUAAAGAGAGGAUGUGACAGAGUAGCAGAGGAACACAAGGUCUCAUCUGAUGACUUGGAGUCUGAGCUGUAUAAAGAGAGGAUGUGACAGUAGCAGAGGAACACAAGGUCUCAUCUGAUGACUUGGAGUCUGAGCUGUAUAAAGAGAGGAUGUGACAGAGUAGCAGAGGAACACAAGGUCUCAUCUGAUGACUUGGAGUCUGAGCAUGAUAAACAAAUCAAGAAUCUCGUGGACCAGUUUCAUGGGCUUAAUAGCCUCAAAUACAGAGAACUUGCCAAUGAAUCGGCAGAUUGAAACAUCCCUAUCCCAGAUAAACUGGUCAAGAGAUGGAAGGGUAAGUGAUAUUGAACAGCAAGAUCAUUAUCUGAAAGUAGGCAUACAUUUAAGACAUUCAAUAUACCACAACCCUCCUUCCAUUAAUUCAACUUUUACCCACCAGCACCACCACCCACUUACCCCAAGGCGGCUCAAUUUACCCCAUACCUGGGUUAGGUUGUGCCAAGAGUCCACCUUUUCUGGACAAGUUGUGUUUUCAAAAAUGUUGUGUUUAUUUCCAGGAAUACACAUCAUGAAAUAUAUGUAGAUAUCAUUGUUAGAAAGAAUAUUAUAUUUCCCUUGACAUAGUGAUGCUGAAUGUAAAAGUUGCUCAACAUACACCACUCUCCCCUACAGAGUGAAAGGGGAGUAUACAGAGUAUGUGGUGCCCUUUCUGUCUUGAUUGUGUAUAGUAUACAGAGUAUGUGGUGCCCUUUCUGUCUUGAUUGUGUAUAGUAUACAGAGUAUGUGGUGCCCUUUCUGUCUUGGUUGUGUAUUAAACUGAAGGGGAUUUUGUAUUGA